UGCGAGAAACGCUGCAAGAAGAAGAGAUCUUGCGGUAAACACAAUUGCAAUCAGUUGUGCUGCAUCGACAUCGAGCACAUCUGUCCGCUGCCGUGUUCGAAAACCUUGAGCUGUGGUCGGCACAAGUGUCAGGAGAGGUGUCACAUGGGAAGAUGUGCACCUUGCUGGGAGAGCAGUUUUGAGGAAUUGUACUGCGAGUGCGGCGCCGAGGUGAUUUAUCCGCCAGUACCAUGCGGCACAAGGAGACCCACUUGCAACCGACCGUGUUCGCGCGAACAUCUCUGCGACCACGAGGUAUUGCACAACUGUCACAGCGAGCCUACAUGUCCACCUUGCAGUGUCCUGACCCAGAGAUGGUGCCACGGCAGACACGAACUCAGGAAGGCAGUACCGUGCCACGUGAAAGAGAUUUCGUGCGGUCUGCCGUGCAACAAGCCGUUGGCGUGUGGACGGCAUAAAUGCAUCACAAUGUGCCACUCUGGACCCUGUGAGAGACCCGGACAACAAUGCACGCAACCUUGUGCCACGACGAGGGAGCUGUGCGGACAUAUCUGCGCUGCUCCUUGCCACGAUGGCAAGUGUCCAGAUUCUCCUUGUAAAGAGAUGGUUAAGGUGACGUGUCAGUGUGGACAUAGGACUAUGAGUCGGGUCUGUGCAGAUAAUGCGCGGGAAUAUCAGAGGAUAGCAAGCAACAUAUUGGCUAGUAAGAUGGCCGAUAUGCAACUCGGUCACUCCGUCGAUUUGGAAGAAGUGUUCGGACAAGGUACGAAAAAGCAGAAUCAGUUGAAGACUUUGGAAUGCAACGACGAGUGCAAGAUAAUAGAAAGAAACAGGAGGCUCGCGUUAGGACUGCAGAUCGUCAACCCAGAUUUAAGUGGCAAACUGAUGCCCAGAUACAGCGAUUACAUGAAACAGUGGGCCAAAAAAGACCCGCAAUUCUGCCAAGUGGUUCACGACAAGUUGACGGAAUUGGUGCAGCUGGCGAAGACAUCCAAACAGAAGUCCCGGAGUUACUCGUUCGACAUUAUGAACAGGGAAAAGCGUCAUUUCGUGCACGACUCGUGCCAGCACUUUGGUUGCGAGAGUCAAGCAUAUGAUGAGGAGCCGAAGAGAAACGUCGUUGCCACUGCCGUGAAAGAUAAGUGUUGGUUGCCAAGCUACAGUUUACUAGAAAUGAUACAAAGAGAGAAGGGACAAAGAAAGGUUCCAGGUCCGGUACUUAACGCUUCGAAGGGAAAUAAUUCUACAAAGACUGUUCUUUCAUUACCUGUAAAACAGAAUCAGCAAUUGCUGCCAUCAUCGUCAACUGCUAAAACUGCUGACAAAGAAAUAGAUUAUUUUGACUAUCGAGGAUAAAUCAGUAAUAUGUAAAGGAUAAUGCGAGUUAUACAAUGUGUAUAUAAUAUUAUAAAUAGGACUUAAAAAAUGGGUACAACUGUAAUUAUACAAUUGAUAGGGCGAGUUUUUAAAUUCAUCGAUUAAUAGAUCGCAUUAUGCGCAAAUGCAACUUUUACAGAGCAAAGUUGCCUUUGCGCAUAAUGCGAUUGAUCAAUCGAUGAAUUUAAAAACUCGCCCAUACUGAUUAAAGGCCAUUGCACGUAACAAAGUUUUAGUCAUAAUUGUAAGGCCGUAAGAAAAUAGACCAUUCGCACUCGA